GAGGCGGAGCCCUUGGCGCGCGUUGGAAACACCGCCCCCCGCGCGUCCGCUCCGGCGACCCCGUCCUCCUCCCUCCGCUGGCCGCCCUACACCCCUCCCACUCCUUCCCUUCCUGCUGCACGCCCGCGCGCGCGCCUCUCAUAAAUUUAGCAAUGCCCUCCCUCGCCAGCCGUCCGCUCCUGUCUAUUCCUCGCUCCCCCGUCCACCGCGCCCUCCCCCUCCCACGCACCGUCCGCCGCUUCGGGCUCCCGAGGGUCCCAUGGGGGCGGGCCUUGUUCUUGUUCUCCGAUCUCCCGUCACGGUUUCUCGGCCUGCCGUUUGAAGGCCAAGGCGGCGUCGCUCGUCGAUAUAUGAUCCCCUAGAUGAACUUCAUGUCAUACAGCAAGCUGUCCACUGCGAAUCAUAAGAUGGAUUUCAAUACUCGUGGGAAUACCCAGUCCAAUGGCGCCUUGGCGCGGAAUCAAUCUGGCUUGUCAGCCAAUCCAUCCACGGCCUCCAAACCAGCAGUGCACUCGCAUAUCCCUUCCGAUAAGAAAUCACGCCACAAGAAGUCUGAUCCAGCUGACAAAACAUCGCCAAAUACGGCAACAAAUGCUGUGCUGACAACAGUAUCUGAAACAGCUGCCACACCAAUGGAAGCAGCAGUGAAAAGCGACAAUGCCAAAGAUGAGAAACAUGGUGGCUCCUCCAUAACCGUUCGUCAAGGCAGCUUUGGCACUUCUAGGAGUAACAGCUUGGAUAGUUGCAGUACUGGUCAGAUCAAGCGGCAUACUGGAGGCGAUUGCAGGUGGGAGGCCAUCCAAUUGGCGAACUGCAGGGACUCCCCUCUCAGCCUUAUCCACUUCAGGCUUCUGAAGCGCCUUGGUUAUGGGGAUAUUGGCAGUGUUUACCUUGUGGAGCUCAGGGGGACAGACACAUUUUUCGCAAUGAAAGUGAUGGACAAGGAGUCACUCAUCAGCAGGAACAAGCUGAUCCGGGCAGAAACUGAGAGGGAAAUCCUCGGCCUUCUUAAUCACCCGUUCCUACCCACAUUAUACACUCAUUUUGAGACCGAUAAGUUCUACUGUCUUGUCAUGGAGUAUUGCUGUGGUGGCAACCUCCAUUCGCUUCGACAGAAGCAACCUAACAAGCAUUUCAAUGAGCAAGCAGCCAGAUUUUAUACCUCUGAGGUGUUGCUUGCACUUGAAUAUCUCCACAUGCUUGGCAUUGUCUACAGAGACUUGAAACCAGAAAAUGUUCUGGUCCGCGAUGGGGGGCACAUCAUGCUGUCUGACUUUGACCUGUCACUGCGGUGUUCUGUCAGCCCGAUGUUAGUCAAAUCCUCGUCGGUCCAUGCAGGCGCCGAUGGCGUCGAGAAAGGCCUAGUCCACGCUGAGGGUGUCAGCCAAGGCUGCAUACAGCCAUCAGCAUUCUUUCCACGCAUACUCCCCAAGAGGAACCGCAAGACCAAAUCGGACUUCAGCCUCAAUGGAUCACUUCUGGAGUUCAAUGCCGAACCGACAGACGCACGGUCAAUGUCAUUUGUCGGAACUCAUGAAUACCUUGCACCGGAGAUCAUCAGAGGAGAGGGGCACGGCAACGCAGUGGACUGGUGGACCUUCGGCAUCUUCUUGUAUGAGUUGCUGCAUGGCAUGACGCCGUUCAAGGGGAAUAGCAACCGUGCCACGCUCUGCAAUGUGGUGGAGCUGCCACUGCGGUUCCCUGACAGCCCACCUGUGAGCAAUGUCGCACGUGACCUUAUCCGCGGGCUUCUGGUGAAGGACCCUCAGAAGAGAAUUGCAACCAAGAGGGGUGCCACUGAGAUCAAGCAGCAUCCAUUCUUUGAGGGGGUCAACUGGGCACUUGUGAGAGGUGCUCAUCCACCUUCUGUCCCUGACCCUGUAGACUUCAGUCAGUUUGGAUCUAAGGAGAAGAAGCCGCCAGAGAGUACAACGGCGCCGGAGACUUCUGCUGCAGCUAAGUCAGCAACGACCGGCGACUGUCCCAUCAAUUUUGAGUACUUCUAGAUCUGUACCCCGUCAAUUUUGGGUACUACUGGGACUGAACACCAUAGAUACAGAUGUCCGUAUUGUUGUCAUUACUCUUGUUCCUCUUUACUGCUGCAGCUAAUGAAUGAUGCAAGUUUUUACCUGUGCUGUUUCUUUC